AUGACGACUUCUGGUUCCUCCCCGUUCAGUGGGACGAACCAGUUUACUUCCGAUUCCGGGAUGUUACCUCCCUCUUUCGCCGCCAGCAACGAGUUCGACUUCUACGAGGAUGCUCACUUAGGCACGAAUCUAUUCGAUUUUACAAGCGGCGAAUUGCUGGACACAGGUCUCUACGAUGAUCCAAAGCCUUUUCCACCCGGCCUUGGCCAACCGGAACAGGUCAACCCCAAUAGAACUCUACCUCUUCCUUCGCACCGGGGCUCUGCGUCUUCCUCUUCCUCCCUGAUAAGCGGCAAUUCGAUCUCCGCGAAAACGAGCCAGAGCUCGGCAGAGGCCAUGAUGACUGACGAGCCCUUUUCCGGCUGGAACCUCGAACAUGAAUCUAGACAUACUGACGCGAACUUUAUGUUCGACACUAUAGACCCUACUACUAUGGAAAUGUCCCGCGUUUUCGACUUUGACAGCGCUUCUAGUAGUCCUAGCCCCGCUACGAACGGUCUCAUGCAAGAGUCGCCUGUAGCAGCGAAUUCCAUGUCGAAUGCCCCUGCCGCUAAGCGGAUCAAGGGUCAUCAUAAGACACAAUCGCAACAUUCUAUAACAAAGUCGAUGAACGGGCUAAAAACGAGUGGUUCCAGAGAAGGAUCGCCCACGUCGAAUAUGAUAAUUAGCCAAGAAACCUCUCCAGCGGCAAUGCUUAACAACUCACCCUCCCCCGAUAAUAUCACAAGCCAUCUUGGUACCAUGUCAAAUCAGCAGAACCCUUUACUGUCAUGGCCGCCUACAACGGGUCCGUGGGCUAACAGGGUGGCCCCCAAACCCCCCUUUCGACGAGAUCCGAAAGGUAUUCUAGCUAAUAGUCUGCCACCUUAUUCGCCUCAGAUAAGUUUGGCGCCGGCGCAGAGGCCAAGACUGGUGGUUCAACCUACGCCUCUCAAGUCCCGAGUUGAGACCCAAAUCCCAAUCAAGCUCACUAUCCACGCACUCCCUCCUGGUAUCAAGAGGCUUCACUUACCAACUCAUACGAUUUCGAAGCCUAAGUUACUAGCAAAGCCCGGGGCGGCGCGGUCUCCUGACAUGCUCGAACUCUAUACUAUGUUGGUUUGCACCAGUGCCAUGCAAGACCCUAUGAAGCUCCAGCGUGCUUUCCGUCGAGCUGCGGUAGCCGGGCAUGAUAUCGCAAGUUUAAAGAGGUCAGACGACGGAAGUGAGGAUGAUGAGCAUAAGCCUCAGAAUGGUGGCGAAGUACGAAUAUGUGCUGGUUGUAUAACUCGGGAACGGAAACGUGCUAGCCGUAAGAAACACAAGAAGCCGGAGGAGGACGAGUUAUGGAAUCGAUAUGAACAUCAGCGGGUCAUCGUUUUCAACACCCAAGAAAUCAAGGAUUGGCAAGCAGUCACUCCUCAUAUGGUUGAUCCCACGGGAGCUGGGCCAGCUGAUCUCUCUGUCCCUGACGGUACCGUUCAAGUAGAUGCGCCGAUGCGCAUUGCUUGUUACUGCCGCCACCACGGAGAGAAAAUGGGGUUCCAAGUUAUCUUUACCAUCAAAGAUCACCAGGACAAUGUCAUCGCCCAACAGAUUUCAUCUUCAAUUAUGAUAACAGACGAUCAUAAGACACAUCUCCCAGCAGCUUCAGCCACGCAGAACUCUGUUCUAUCACCGCCGCUUCCUGUAGCAAUGGACGUUCACCAUAUCGAGCCCUCAAUGCAGUCCUUUCGCAUGUCGCCAGCAACCUCUGAUCUCCAAGGAUUACCAACGGCUACUUCAUUUGCUCUUUCGGGUAACAAUUCCCAGUCUGUGCCGGUUACUACAACAACAUCCCGCAAUAUAUCUAGACAGGGUUCGCCCACUAGUCCUUCUGGCCCUACUGCUCGAAAGAGGAAAGCAAGUGGAUCGGUAAAGCUCCCUACUGGCCUAGCAAUGACUAGGCUCGAGACAGGGCAAUCGCCACAGAUAAUGCCUCUAGGGGCUCAUAAUGAAUCAGCUGUGACUUCUGCAGCUGCAUCACCAUUUUCGUCAAACAUGGGAAGCUUCCCAAUGUCCACGGAGUCUAUGUUUCAUGGGCAGCAGACGAACCUUAAUAAUAUAGGACAACAAUAUCCGACUUCGGUAGAACCACCUACACCCAGCAGCAAAAACGCUGAAAUCGGCGUCCCACAAGGAAGCAGAAACAUGAGUAUCGACAAUGUGCCAGUAUCUCAAAUAUUUUCUACACCGUCCUCGGCUCAUCCUAGCCGUGCGCCUAGUCCAAACCGAGUGAGGAAUGAUAUACAAAAUGUAUGUCAUAGUUCGCUUAGUCAGAAUAUAUAUAAUGCGCCUACGGUCAUGAACUCGAGUAGGUCGCAGCCGAUGAUCUACAAGAUCAUCCCUGGCGAAGGUCCAAAAUUAGGAGGAGUCGAGGUCACAAUCCUUGGCAGUGGUUUCACAAAUGGCGGUCUGGAAGUCAUGUUUGGGGAACAAAGAGCAACUACUACGACCUACUGGGGCGAGACAUCGUUAGUUUGCCUUCUGCCGCCAUCUCCUGUCGCCGGUAUCGUCCCAGUUUCAAUUAGACAACCGGGCGUUGCUUCCCAGCUUGCGUUUGGCGGCAACCAGCAGCCUCUGUUUAGAUACGUCGACGAUGAUGAACAUCGCCUAAUACGUACAGCACUCACCGUGCUGGGCAAUAAACUUGGGAAUAAUCUGACAGAUGUUGCGGAUAUCGCGAGAAAUAUCAUCUACGGGCCUGCAACCGGCGGUUCUUGGGGUCCUUCCCCUGGAUCCAGUGGUCCAACCCCCAAUGCAAACUUCAACAACCUGGAACAGGAUCUCUCGGAAUCCGUAGAAAAGGGACUUCUUCGUAUUCUAGAAUUGAUUGAUCUAGACGAUAGCGCCAACAAGGCGAAGAUCAACCUUAGAAGGGCAAAUGGGCAGACUAUGCUUCACAUGGCUUCUUCUAUCGGGCUCGUGCGCUUUGUCGCCGGUCUACUAUCACGUGGCGCUAAUGUGGGCGUGCGAGAUAAGGGAGGCUUCACGCCGUUGCACUUGGCGGCGAUGAAUGGCCACCAAGAAAUCGUCCGGCGUCUCAUCAUGAGAGGGGCCGAUCCAAACAUGCGGAGUCUCUCUGGUUUGACGCCCGCUGACGUUGCUCGAUCCAGUGACGUGCUCAGAGUUCUCCGACAGAUCGAGAACCAUUCCAGAUCCCGAAGCAACGGCUCGCUUCAUAGUAGGGCCAAUAGUGCUAGCUCCCUAAGAUCGCUAUGGGACCCAUCACCGGCACAUCGCGAGGAAUUCAUGUCAGAGAGCCCAAGCUCUUCGGAAGACAGCAGUGACGACGAUGACGAUUCGUCAGUUCAAAGCAACGUUCACGAAGAAGGCGGCGACUGGCUAAACAUGAGACGACCAAGCUUCCCGCAGUAUGCCACUCCACGUGAACCCACCGGCGUUGAUGCUCCUCCCGCAACAACGACCGCAGCAAUGGCAGCUCUCCGGGAACAAGUUACGGCACAGUUCCAGCAAUUGCAGCACUCCAUGACAAUGCAUUUCCAAAAUCUACCGCACAUGCAAAUGCCGCAGAUGCCGCAGAUGCCAGCCCUCCCGCCGAUACCCGUGCUUCCUGAUUACCAUGCCUAUCUAUACGCAGCUCCCGUCAUGCAACGUAUCAGCUCGCUCGUCCCGAACAUCCGGGGUCAGCGCCCUGGAUCUGGGGAUGAAGAACCCCCACGAGAUGCCGAUAGUAAAUGGUGGGAUCUCUCUAGAUUCGGCGUUAAGGACAGCCCUCCGCCAGCAUAUAGCAGCAUCUUCCCACAAAGAGAUGUUGAUCUCAAGCGAGCCACAGCCGCAGCCGCCGCAGCCGAGGCUGUAGCUGACGAGAAAUGUGCUGCUCUUUUCGACCAGAAGGAGUCAGGAUCAUCACAGACACAAGAAGUGCCCGCACUUCUCGAGAUCGGGCAUAAGCACAGCAUCACCAAGGAACAACAGGAACACCUACAACGAGCCCACGCCCAGAGGCUGAAGACCGGAAGCAGUGAUAAGAUGCUCUGGUUUGUCUGGAUUCCGAUUCUAAUCUUCAUCCUUGGUACUAUGCUAGUCAGCGUUGCACCCUCGCUGGUAUUCUACGGUACCUCAUUCGUUAACACCUCGGCUGCCUUUGUCGCAAAUCCACGAGAGUUUGCGCAAAGACUUACCCUAAACAUCGUCGGAACCGCUUGA